GCAGGCGCCGGCAGGCCCGCAGGGCGGUUGGCACCCGGAUGGAGCCGGAGCAGUUGGUUCGGAAGAUGUCGGUGCUGCAGGCCUGCGUCCGGGGCUUCUUGGUCCGACGCCAGUUCCAGAGUCUGCGAGCUGAGUAUGAGGCUAUUGUACAAGAGAUCGAGGGUGAUCUGGGCACACUUCAGUGGACUGAGGGCUGGAUUCCUAGACCCCGAUUUCUCCCACAGAAGGCAAAUUCCCAUCGGACCUGGAAAGCUGGAGAGAGGAUACCAAAGUCAGAGCAGGAACUAUGGAGCUGCUUCCCAUGUAAGGAGCCUGACAGAGAGGUCAUCCAGGAGGAGAUGAUGCUGAAGAAGUCAGGAGAGAGCUCAGCAAACUCAGGAAGUCUUCCCUGUAGGGAUGACAGCCCCUGGUUUCAGGAUAAGCGGAACAGGAAACCCAGGAAACCCAGCCAAGAGGAGACCAGAGCUAUGUCAAGGAUGGAGAUCCCAGAAGCUGCAGGUCCAGGACUGCCCCUCAGCCAGACUGAGCUCCAGGAGCUCCAGUACUGCCGCAGCCACUUGGCCAUGGAACUCCUGUGGCUACAACAGGCAAUCAACAGCCGUAAGGAGUACCUAAUUCUCAAACAAACACUGAGAUCCCCAGAGGCAAGCCAGACCAGAGAUGAGCCCAGCAUGUCCCCAGACCAUGGGAGCCAGGCCUGUGAGAGGGCUGGGUCACAACGAAACCCACCCCUGGAAAACCAGUCCUACAGGACCACUGCAGAGCCAGAUCAUGUGGAUAACUCAUUCUGGAGGCUCAAAUCACAACCCAGCAAAUCCCCAGAAAGACUGGCCACUACAGACAAAACCACUGCUGGGACUAAGUACAGGGACCCAUGCUACAGGAGGGCUGCACCACAACUUCCCACACCAUCAGAUAAACAGGCCAUAGAGAACAGGCUCACCAAAGAGCCGGACUGUGGGGAACAGACCUUUGAAGGGACCUGCCUACAGCUGACGCAACUCCUGGAGGACCGGACCCCCAAAGUCCUCAAAUCUAGGAGUAACUGUUCUACGCAGGCCAGGAUACAGCUGCCCGCACUCUGUGAGGAUAAGUGUCCCAAAGGGCCAGACCACAAAGAGCCUGAUUGCCAAAGAACUAGGCCACAAGAGUUGGGCCUCUCAGAGGACCAUGUCAUCUGGGAUAGGACUUUGGCAGAGCACGGUGGCCUGGAUCUCUGGAAGACUAAAGCACCCAAAGGCCAGACCCCCAGUGGUGAAAGCUCUGGAGACAGAGCUUCCAAUGAGUAUCGCCACGAAAGAUGGAAAAACCAGAGGACUGGACCGUGGAGACCAAGGCCGCCUGAUAAACUGUCUUCCACAGGGUCAGACCCCACAGGAGAGGACCACUGGAAGGGCAGGCUGUGGAAAGCAGGACCACCAGGCUAGACCCCGGGGAGCCAGGGGAGGACCAGACGCCGGAGGGGAAUGAUACGAAAGGGCGAGGAGGGAGAUAGGCCUUCAGGCAUUGGUACAGCUCUGCCUCCUGCCCCAGCCAUUGGUGGCUAAUGUGGCCAAGAGAAGCUGGAGCAAAGAGGGGGCACCAGUACAGGGAUAAGAGGGAGAAGGAUACUCUUUUAUCCUCUGCCUAUGACUCAAUCCAAAGUUUGGGACACGGAGUCACCUGGGAUAAGUAAAGUGAAGGGCCCGGUGGAGAAUAAA